AUGUGUAGAUACCUUCUACUUGUCCACUUUCUCAUUCAUGCAUCGGUACAAAUCCGCCCAAUUGAUCCUUAUUCUGGUAACAUAGAAUCUGAAGCUAUUCGGCGAAAUAUAUCAGAUUUGGACAAAAAUGCAAGUGAUAAUAGUGUAGAUGACACACAACACACUGAGAGCAACUUGAACGCAGAGUCAAACAGCACCGGCAACGGUGAACCAAAUGAAAGUAAUAAUAAAAUAGAUUAUCCUGAUACCAGUCCAGUUGGUAAACCUGACAAUCCAUCGAUUACCCCCAGCCAAAAUGUGGAUCCGGUGGAUAAUACCACAGUUAACUCUCCCUUCCUUCCUGGCUCUAGGGAGGAUGAUCCAAUGACGGUUCUACAAUCAAAUGAACUGCUAGAGAAGGAAACUGAAAAACCACAAAUUCACAACUCGAACGUCAAAUAUGCGGGGGUAACCCACUCUGACACUUACGUAACAAACAACUUUUACAAUGGGAAGCAUGAAGAGAAUGAAAUGGUACUGCGUUACCUGUGGAUGCGGAUCUAUUCCCUCCACGAUGCCAUAGAGGCACUGCCUCAGGGCAUCAAGAAAAUGCAAGGCACGGAGGAACAUGGUAACAAGGGUACAAAAAAGAAGGGACUGGUUAUUACAAUGGACGAAAAGCCAACAUUAACCAUAGACACUUGA